AGGGAAAUCCUCAACAUAUUUCCAGAACUCUCCAUCCAGCCUGGUGAUUGAGCAUCUGUCUCCCUUACUGCUGCUGACCAGCAGCCGUGCUUCUGAGGGGUCUGCACAAUGCUCAAGCACUUUAGCCUGGUGUUGCUUCUUGCCUCUGCUUGGACCACGAGGCUCCCUGUCCAAGGUGCUGUCCUAGCACAAGAGCUUUCCAUUUCUGCAUGCAGAUACAUGGGGGUCGCCCUUGUGGGCAGAAAGGUAAGCACGCAGAUGAAUUUCACAGAAGCUAGGGAGACCUGUCAGGUGCUGGGACUGACGCUGGCCAGCAAGGCCCAGAUGGAAGCAGCACAGAAGUCUGGCUUUGAGACUUGCAGCUACGGGUGGGUUGGAGAACAGAUCUCCGUGAUCCCUCGGAUUUUCCCAAACCCCAAGUGUGGGAAGAAUGGGGUAGGUGUCCUGAUUUGGAACGCUUCCCCCAAACAAAAGUUCAGAGCCUAUUGUUACAACGCAUCUGACACCUGGGUUAACUCGUGCAUUCCGGAAACCAUCACCACAUUCGACCCCAUGCUUGACACUCAAACACCCGCAGUGGAGUUCCCUGUCAGUAGCAGCACCGACUCGGCUUCAUCUCCGGACUCCACAACUCAUGUUCCUGCUACCACUCGGGCUCCACCUUCCACCUCCAUGGUACGGAAGACAAAAAAGAUUUGUGUGACGGAAGUUUAUACAGAACCUAACACCGUAGCUGCAGAAACAGAGUCACCUGUUAUAAGAGAAACGGCCUUCAAGAACGAAGCAGUUGGCUUUGGAGGUGUCCCCACAACCCUGCUGGUGCUGGCCCUCCUCUUCUUUGGCGCCGCAGCUGUCCUGGCGGUCUGCUACGUGAAAAGGUAUGUGAAGGCCUUCCCUUUCACAAACAAGAGUCCAAAGAAGGAAAUGAUCGAAACCAAGGUUGUAAAGGAAGAGAAAGCCGAUGACAUCAACUCUAAUGAAGAAUCAAAGAAAACUGAUAAAAACCCAGAGGAGCCCAAAAGUCCACCCAGAACUACUGUGCGGUGCUUAGAAGCUGAAGUUUAGAGGAGGGAGAGCUGAGAAGCUCCACCUGAGGCAAGUUUCUUGCCAGGCAACCAAAAAAGCAAACUAUUGUUGGUUCCUAGAUAGUAAAAGACUGUGGAGUCCUCCAUACGGAGGCCUCUCCUUACUGCAAUCUUCUCUGGACUCCACUCUCCUACCUCCAACCUUUCCACAGCCUCCCUAGCCUGUCUGUCUCCCAGACACACAGAGAGGGAGCUUUCAAAGUGCCAGGCCCUAAAACAGCUCCUCAGCUCACAUUCAUACACAGGCCUCCAGGCUGCCGGACACCAGGUGAAGGCUGGAGUCCCUGAGACACUGGCAGCCCCAUAGUCCAAAAUCUUCCUACAGGGAAAUACGAGGCACAAGUAAAAUAAGGAAAGAUACAGGAGGUCAUGGAGAGCCAGGUGACUUGAGACCUAAUCUUUGGGAACCCCAAAUAAACAGAGCACUAGCAGGGAAGCUGGGUACUGAUAGCAGCCUUGUCGGCAGACUGUAAAUAAAACCUGGGGCCCGGAGCCGCUCCACAGACCCGAAUCAGGUCUUAGAACACAGAAACGCUUUCUUAUCUCUCUUUGGUUGCUGCUGUUCUCUAUAAACAAAUACACUUUUGUAAGAAACCAAAACCAGAGGGGCACGGGGGUGGAGAUGUCUGUGGUAGAGCCUUUGCCUGGCAUGCACAAAGCUCCCGGUCCAAUACCAGAACCCACCCACCCUUACAAACACAGAAUGAAAGAAACAAAAACGCACAUUUCCAUGUUUAGCUGUUACAGAACCCAUUCUGAAAAAACAACUAUGUUUAAAGGUCAUAAAGUUUCAAAAGAAAAGUCAGAUGAUCUGCUACAGCCUGAGAACCUUUUACCUGAAUGCUUGAUACCAACAGUGUUAAGAAUUUCAGAUUAUGUUUGAAGUCUGCCACACUUGCAUCUACAUAAUGAUAUAUUAGAAGACCCAGUCUGAUUAUGAGAUCUAUUUAUGUUUCACGUACACCCGUACACCCAGCCUGGAAGUAAUUUCAUACAACAUUUUAAAAAUAACUUUGCACGCGAGAUAAAGAUUCCCAGUGUGGCAUUGUCCCCUUGGGGCAUCAUGUUGACUUCUAAACAGUUUCAGACUUGGUAAAAGUUUGGUUUUCAGAUUUGGGGACUGAAGAUGUCAGGUGCUAGGUGAGGUAUGACAUUCUGUAGUUGCAUAUUGUUCGUCAGAGAGUUGUGUAUAGUGGGGUGUUGUCUGAAGCUAAUGUUUUUUCUGCUUUGAUGCCCCUAGCUUAUCUACUUCAAACUAACUUUUUGUUGCUAAGACUAAUCCAUUUAUUUUCUCUAAUACAACAACUACUACAACCUUAAUUUAUUAAUAAUGUAUUUGAAAGUGUAUUCUUACCUCUACACAUCAACACAUAUCUUUGCGUGCCUUUAACAAACAUAUUACCAGCUCUCAUCUUCCCAGCAAGGAGAACCUGAGACGUUAAGAACUAUUGUACCCCAAAUAAAGCAUUUAGAAAGUU